AUGGGCCACAAGGAUGAAGACGACGUUGAUGCUGAGAGAGUUAUGGGACGUUGUCGAAAAAGGCGUUCUAACACAACCAUCGGAGACUCAAAAACUCUGACGAAAAAUCAGGAGACGGAUCUCACAAAAUGGAGGGAGAUCAAGAUGAAGGACAUGACGGCCCUCCAACUCCAACAAAAUUACAUCAUGGAUUCCGUCUUCCGGAAAGUGAUAACGACCACAACAUCAAAUGAGGUGUGGAUCAAGUUGCAAGAAGCAUAUCAAGGUAACGAACGAGUCAUACUUGUUCGCUUACAAUCUUUAUAUACUCAAUUCGAAAAUUUGAGAAUGAAAGAUGGAGAAAGAAUAAGAGUGUAUACGGAUAGAGUGAUGGAUAUCACGAAUCAAAUGGAACAACUGGGAGAAGGAAAGAAAAAUUUUGAAAUCAUAAGGAAGAUCCUAAUAACAAUGCCAAAGUCAUACGCAACUUUGGCAGCGUUGAUGGAGGAGACGAAAGAUUUGAGAAGCAUAAGUGUCACCGAUUUGGUUGGAUAUUCUUUGAUCGCACAUGAAUCAAAGUUCCUACCGGAUGAAGAAGGAAAUUCACAAAGAGCUUUUCCAGCUCGAUCGAAGAAUCACAAAGGAGGUAACGAAGGUCUCUGGAUGUCUAAUUCGAAAGGAAAGAAAUGGUGUGGUUAUUGCAAGAAAGAUAAUCACGUUGAGGAGGAGUGUUACUUCAAAAACAAGGACAAACAAGACCAACAAGUGAGGAGGUCAAAAGAAUGCUAUACCUGUGGAAAGGUAGGACAUUUGGCUCGAGACUGUAGAAGGAACCUAAGUCACAACGCUCAAGUCACACAAACGGAGGGCAUGGAUGAAAAUUAUUUACGGCGCGAGAUGAAGUAA